UUGCGCCUCCUGGCCGCUGGAUGUCGCUGCUGCGCUGUUUGUGACUCUGCACCUUUCUCCCUUUCUCCGCCGCUGUCAGCUAAUCUGUCGCUGCUCGUCUUCUUUGUACCUCUUCAUAAUAUCAAAGUCCGGUUAAUGCAGUCGCUGAUCAUGAAGAGCUCCAAAGAGGCCGUGCAGUCAGCAGCCAAAGAGUUUCUGCAGUUUGUCAACAGAGGAGUGUCUCCAUAUCACGUGGUUGAAGAAUGUCGCCGGCAUCUGCUGGAGGCUGGGUUCAUCGAGCUCAAGGAGACGGAGCAGUGGGACAUCAAGCCAGCCAGCAAGUACUUUGUGACCAGGAACUUCUCCAGCCUCAUUGCCUUUGCGGUGGGUGGACGCUACCUGCCGGGAAACGGCUUCUCGAUGAUUGGCGCCCACACGGACAGCCCCUGCCUCAGGGUGAAGCCGAGGUCUAAGAGGACCAAGCAGGGCUGCCUGCAGGUUGGCGUGGAGUGCUACGGCGGCGGAAUCUGGAACACUUGGUUCGACCGCGAUCUCACCAUUGCAGGCCGCGUAAUGGUCAAGAGUGGCGGGAAGCUGGUGAAUCGACUCGUUCACGUCUCCAGGCCUCUGCUCAGGAUCCCUCACCUGGCCAUCCACCUGCAGCGGGACAUCAACGAUUCCUUCGGGCCCAACAAGGAGAACCACCUUGUGCCCAUCAUCGCCACUGCCGUCCAGGAGGAACUGGAGACAGGCUCAGCGUCCUCUGGAGAUGCCUCCUCUGCUGCCAGCACGGCGGAGAAACACCACCCAGCGCUGGUGAAGGUGCUGUGCUCGGAGCUGGGAGUCGAGCCAGAAGCUCUGCUGGACUUUGAGCUGUGUCUGGCUGACACGCAGCCUGCGGCUUUAGGAGGCGUGUACGAGGAGUUCAUAUACUCUCCUCGUUUGGACAACCUGCACAGCUGCUACUGCGCCCUGCGGGGGCUGAUGGAGUCCUGCACAGCAGACUCUCUGGCUAAAGAUCCCAACGUCCGUAUGAUCACUCUGUACGACAACGAGGAGGUGGGAUCAGAGAGCGCUCAGGGCGCUCAGUCCAACCUGACAGAGCUCAUUCUCAGCCGCCUUGCCUCCUCCCCAUCCAACCUCACCGCCUUCCAGCAGGCGGCGCCGCUCUCCUUCAUGAUCAGCGCUGACAUGGCGCACGCCGUGCACCCCAACUACCAGGAGAAACAUGAGGAGAACCACCGGCCGGCUUUUCACAAGGGCCCGGUAAUCAAGUUCAACAGCAACCAGCGUUACGCAACUACGGCUGUCACCGCCUCCGUUAUCAGAGAGGUCGCCAGCCAGGUCAACGUGCCGCUGCAGGACGUGAUGGUCCGUAACGACAGCCCCUGUGGAACCACCAUCGGUCCCAUCCUGGCGGCCCGUCUCGGCAUCCCCGUGGUGGACAUCGGCUCCCCGCAGCUCUCCAUGCACUCCAUCAGGGAGAUGUGUUGUACAUCCAGUGUCUUACAGAGCACCACCCUUUUCAAGGGUUUCUUCGAGUUGUUUCCCACCGUGAGGAGCACGCUGGUCGUUGACUAGAGCUGGGACAGCCACAGCUGAUCGGGGAUAAAGGAUUAUACAGACAUUCUCAGAGAACCACUGCAUUGUUUUAAAGUCUUCACACUUGCAGUGCUUUGUUUGUGAUUUAAAUGGCAAAAAAACCAUACCUUUUAAAAUCACCUGACCCCCUCAGAAUCAACACAUUUUUAAAGUAUAGUAACUUUAGUAUAUUUAAUGAAACCAGGCAAUAUUCAACCAGUAUUUUAGUGUUUUGGAUCCUUCAUGGCUUCAAGUACACAUGAUGUUAUCAGGACUGAAAAGCACAUUUAAAUUGUUUUUUAAAAACUGCAGCCAAGUCAGUUUGUGGCACUUUGAGUGGGUGUAAAUCUGAAGAGUAAAUCUUGUUUCUAUUGAUCUGUUUUCUGAUGAUUUGCUGGAGAAAACUUUCAAAUGUGCGCUUUGGGUAAACUUUCAAGGGACAUUAUCACCAUGCGUGACAGGUGGCCUGUUAAAAAGAAGUUCUAGGAUAUGAAAAGUCUCCUUUUUCCUUACAUUUGGAUACCAGGCUUAUCUUCUAGUCGUGAUUCCUGCUGCAGUUGAAAUAACUUUUAACACUCUGAGGAGGAAUGCUGGAAAAAUAAUGCAGAUGAUGCACUUCGAGGGGCCUGUAACAUUAAAUAUACUGAAGUUACUGUACUUUAUAUAAAAUGAGCUGAUUCUGCGGCGAUCGAGUGGGAGUGAGAGUGGGUUGAAUCCUUUUAUAAAAAUGUCAUUUGUGUAUGGAUGAUUCUAGGUUUUAAAUCUGAUCUUGCUGUAAUUACUGUGUUCGAUUAUGUCGGACGAAAAAGCUGCACUACUUCAAGACCUCAUGUCUUUCUUAUGAAAUGAAAUUGUGUAGAAGAAAGUUAAAAAAAAAUGUUUAAAAUCC